AUGGCCCUACUUUCAGUCCCAUCUGGUUUAUGUUUGAGCGAACAAUUUAAAUCGACUUUCGCAGCCACUCCUCUUGGCCUACUAAUGAUGGAUGAAAGUGACAAGCACUCAAUGUUCCAAACAUUAGCAGUUUCACCACAGCACCACGAUGAGGUGGGAGUUGGCUUCGCUGUGGGGAAAAAGGCCCUUAAAAGGACCGUGGGGACUUUCGGAGAUAUGACUGACGUUGGAAGUGGUCUUAAUGAAUCCUUGAAUUCAGAAACUUUAUUGCUUACCGUCAUUGCCUCAGAGAAGUCGCGGAUACUUCGAGGACGUCAUUUUUAUCUAAAAGAGGAAAACGAAGAAGACAAACUCGUUUCUUGCUAA